UUGGUGUCUCUAUAUUCGCAAACCCUCUCGUUCUUUCGGCGGUAUUGCAUUCCUCUCCGCACAAUCUUAUUUCCGUUGUAGAAGGAGCCGCCGAGGAACUCUGCAACGAUGAUUGUGUAUCAGGAUCUCCUUACAGGUGAUGAGCUUCUCUCGGAUUCAUUUCCAUACAAAGAGAUCCAAAAUGGAUUGCUUUGGGAAGUUGAGGGAAAGUGGGUUGUUCAAGGAGCAGUUGAUGUAAACAUCGGUGCCAACCCUUCUGCAGAAGGCGGUGAGGAUGAUGAGGGCCUGGAUGACCAGGCUGUCAAGGUUGUUGAUAUUGUUGAUACAUUCCGUCUCCAGGAACAACCUGCGUUUGACAAGAAGCAAUUUCUUUCAUACAUAAAGAGGUACAUCAAGUUGCUAACCCCAAAGUUGGAAGGUGAGGCGCAAGAGGAGUUCAAGAAGAACAUUGAGGGUGCGACUAAGUUCCUGCUUCCAAAGCUGAAAGACCUUCAAUUUUUUGUAGGUGAGAGUAUGCAUGACGAUGGCAGUCUGGUCUUUGCAUACUACAAGGAAGGUGCAACUGACCCAACAUUUCUGUACUUUGCCCAUGGGUUGAAGGAGGUCAAGUGUUAGUCAAGAGGACAAAGUCAAAUGCGUCUCAUCUAUAACAUU